AUGUUGAACAAGAUGACCUUACAUCCACAGCAGAUAAUGAUAGGUCCUAGGUUUAACAGGGCCCUAUUUGACCCCUUGCUUGUGGUGCUACUGGCUCUUCAACUUCUUGUGGUGGCUGGUUUGGUUAGAGCUCAGACUUGCCCUUCUGUUUGUUCCUGUAGUAACCAAUUCAGCAAAGUAAUUUGUGUGAGGAAGAAUCUGAGAGAGGUCCCUGAUGCCAUCUCUACCAAUACACGGUUAUUGAAUCUCCACGAGAACCAGAUCCAAAUCAUUAAAGUGAAUAGUUUCAAACACCUGAGGCAUCUCGAAGUCUUACAGCUGAGCAGGAAUCACAUUAGAACAAUAGAAAUAGGGGCUUUCAAUGGUCUGGCUAAUCUCAAUACUUUGGAACUCUUUGACAAUCGUCUUAGCACCAUUCCAAAUGGGGCUUUUGUGUACUUGUCCAAACUAAAGGAGCUUUGGUUGCGAAACAACCCCAUUGAGAGUAUCCCUUCUUAUGCUUUUAAUAGAAUCCCUUCUCUACGAAGGCUGGAUUUGGGGGAAUUAAAAAGGCUUUCGUAUAUCUCAGAAGGUGCCUUUGAAGGUUUAUCCAAUUUGAGGUACUUGAACCUUGCUAUGUGUAACCUUCGAGAGAUUCCUAAUCUCACACCACUUGUAAAGCUGGAUGAGCUAGAUCUUUCUGGGAACCACUUAACUUCUAUCAAGCCAGGGUCCUUUCAAGGGUUAAUGCAUCUUCAGAAACUGUGGCUGAUCCAAUCCCAGAUUCAAGUGAUUGAAAGGAAUGCUUUUGAUAACCUUCAGUCUCUAGUAGAGAUCAAUCUGGCCCAUAACAAUCUAACACUACUGCCUCAUGACCUCUUCACACCUCUCCGUCUAGAAAGGAUCCACUUGCAUCACAACCCUUGGAACUGCAACUGUGACAUCCUGUGGCUCAGCUGGUGGAUUAAAGACAAAGCCCCCUCCAACACUGCAUGCUGUGCCCGCUGCAACACACCUCCUAACCUGAAAGGAAGGUACAUUGGUGAGCUAGACCUGAAUUACUUUACAUGCUAUGCUCCUGUAAUUGUAGAGCCACCAACAGACCUCAACGUCACUGAAGGCAUGGCUGCAGAGCUGAAAUGCCGAGCAUCAACAUCCCUGACCUCUAUUUCUUGGAUUACGCCUAAUGGGUCUGUUAUAACACAUGGGGCUUAUAGGGUUCGGAUUUCUGUGCUUAGUGAUGGCACAUUAAAUUUUACGAGGGUGACUGCACAAGACACGGGCUUGUAUACAUGCUUGGUGAGUAACUCUGUUGGAAAUACCACAGCUUCUGCCAUGCUUAACGUAACUGCACAGGAGUGUAUUACUUACUUUUCUACAAUCACAGUAGAAACUGUGGAACCUUCUCAGGAUGAGGCACGGACCACAGAGCAGGUUUGGCCCACAACAGUCAUUGAAUGGGAUACCACCAAUGCAACAACCUCUCUCACACCACAGAGCACAAGGUCAACAGAAAAAACAUUCACCAUCCCUGUGACAGAUACAAGUAAUGGAAUUCCAGGAAUAGAUGAAGUUAUGAAGACUACCAAAAUCAUAAUUGGUUGUUUUGUGGCAAUCACGCUCAUGGCAGCAGUGAUGUUGGUCAUUUUCUACAAAAUGAGAAAACAGCAUCACCGACAAAAUCACCAUGCUCCAACGCGAACUGUAGAGAUCAUUAAUGUGGAUGAUGAGCUUACAGGUGAUACACCUAUAGAAAGUCAUUUGCCCAUGCCAGCAAUUGAGCAUGAGCACCUAAAUCACUAUAACUCUUAUAAGUCUCCUUUCAACCACACAACAACAGUUAACACAAUAAAUUCAAUACACAGUUCAGUGCAUGAACCAUUAUUGAUCCGAAUGAACUCGAAAGACAAUGUGCAAGAGACUCAGAUCUAAAACAUUUAAGAAUUUAAAGGGGGAAUUUAAAACAAAGAGACAGUUUAUUAAAAAAAAAUGACACAAAUGACUGGGCUAAAUCUACUGUUUCAAAAAAAGUGUCUUUACAAAAAAGAAAUUUAUUUAUUAAAAAUUCUAUUGUGCGCGAAAGCAGACAAAAUUAUGUGUAUUCCUCAGAACCUCUUUUUGCUGCACUUAUUUACCCUACUUCUUUCCCUUCCCUUUCUUCUUCCCCUGUCCCAGUCCCAUUUGCCAUAUUUUUGCAUAGAACAACUUGAUUCUCUAAAGAACUGGUCUAGGAAUUUUUGUAAGAAUUCUGUUAACGCUUUGGGAAUUUUUAUGGUGAAUUCUAGUGGUGAGAUUCGGUCUAUUUUGUCUUUUUUCAUUUCA